AUGUAUGCCAACACCAAGAAGGGCAGAAAGCUCACUCUGCACUCCCGUGAGGCAGAGCAUAACCACCCCAUCGAAGAAGACUGCAGAGCAUAUGCUAUGCAAUGCAAGCUCUUGCCUGAGGCAAUGGCGCUUGUGGUUAAGCAUCUGGAGAACAAUGACGAUGUAUCCACCAUCUUCAACUGUUUGAAGAUAAAUAGAUAUACAAACAUUGUUCGCCAUGACAUUGCUAAUAUAAAGCAACAUUUUGGAAAAUCGGAAAAAGAAAAGGAGAUGUUUGACUUUAUCACCACUCUGCAAGAUCUUGACUUCCAUGUCAAAUACUCUUUCGGUAAUACAGAAGACAAUCAAGUGAAUAUAAUCUUCUUUGUGCAUCAGGAUGCAAUCAAUGAGGCACAAAGAAUGCUUGAGACUGUCAUUAUUAAUGCCACAUAUAAGACAAAUAGUCAUCAAAUGACUUAUGUCAACAUUGUUGGUACUAGCAAUGUGCUUAGCUGUCUUCGUGAUGCAGUCUGGCCCAAUGACAACAACAACAACAACAGCAACAGCAGCAACAACAAACAAACAAUACUUCUCCCAGAUGUUUUCAUCAUGGACAACGAAAAAGCAUUGAGAAAUGCUAUUAAUCGAGUCUUUCCUGAGUCAAAGCAGUUGUUGUGCUAUAAGUAUAUCAAAGACAACUUUAAAAAGCAAUUGCUUCCAAUGAUGAAGGGAGAUGAGAGUAGCAAAAAGAGAGAUCUGUUGGAUAAGCUGUCAGAAUUCCUUGACUGA